AUGGCAAAGCUAUCGCUCGAGGACUUUGAUAAACACAUCGAGAAUCUGCGCGCGCAAUUGUCGUUUCUCAAUGAAACUCUUGAUGGGACCGACCACAAUGCACCCGACUGGCUCGCCACCGACCUCAUAUCGCUACGCAACAAGUCUGGCCGAUUGCACGACGACAUGAAGAGAUUCAGGGAUCAGCUUGAGAGCGAGGGUCUGGCGGAGAAGAAGACCAAGACGUCGCAUAAACGACUCAGUAUCGAGGGCGCAAAAGCUACUGCGCCGACACCGAAAGCACAGAAUCCAACACCCAACCUACAAGCCAUAUCACCUGCCGUAGACCAGUCGCCUGCACCACGCGCAAAGGGGGCACCCGAAAACGCAUACGUGGUUCCACACGUCGACGUCACAGAGGAAGUGAACAGACGGUUACAGAUGAGCCGCCUAAGGCGCUUGAUGGAGACUCCUAGUACUGCCCAGAAGCGAAAGUUCGAUACGUAUGAAGAGGAGCCAAGAUCAGAGGGAGCCGCGGGAGCAGACGAAGGCUUGGGAGGUGCGCAUAGCGGUAGUGAGCGCGACAGGACACCUACCAAACGUCUGAAAAGUAGUGGAACAUUCGAACAUGCGGGAAAGAGGAAGGAGAGUAGCGAAGUCAGACGGCACAGUGAUCGAUUUGAAGACAGGACAGAUGUGAAAAGACGAAGGUUUCAACGAUGAUGAACGGUCAGUAUAUGCAAUGUACUAUAUGGGGCCAGUCUGGCUUUAAGGACCAUUGUCGAGCAGAAAUGCUUCUACAAUGUACAUUUUCGCGGCUUCAGUUCA